AUGGGUAUCGUUCAAACAUUAUUCAACAAACGCAACGAGCAUUUUAUAACCUACGCCAACCUAGAAUCUUCUCCAUGCGUGCCCUGUUACGAAGAGAUAGACAGGAAGCCGGGGAAUCCUAACAGUUUUGAGGACUUACACGCGAAAACGAAACAGCUGUAUCCGCGAAACUUCGAAGGAGCUUAUUUGCUGCUGAAAAAAUCUCUGAGUCGACAUUUCAAUGUCACUUACAAGAUGACUCUUAGUUCUGUGAUACCGCACGGUCUCAAGUUCGGUGUGAAUUACGUCGGUACUAAACGCGUGGGAUUAUCAGAAAGAUACCCGGUUAUCUCGGGUGAGAUUACACCUGAUGGAAAUAUGAGCGCCAACUUUGUGCACACACUCGGAUGCAGAUAUAGAUUCAAACUGUCAACACAGAUUAGCAAGGGGAAGUACAAAGCCCUCAGUACUGGCCUGGAGUACCGUUCCGACGAUUGCACGAUAGCGCUGACUCUAGCGAAUCCCGACCUUUUUCGACAGCACGGCACGAUGGUCUUGCAUUAUCUGCAAGCCAUAACACCGAGGAUAACUCUUGGCACGGAGAUCGCGUGUUUACGCGGUUCUCCGAUAGCCGGAGGCCUGCAGACGACGAUGUGCGCCGCAUUCCGGCACAGUACCGGCCCUACCACGUUAUCCGCCACAUUCGGCGAGGCGGGCAUCCACGUCUGCUAUCAUCGGCGGGCGAGCGAGCAGCUGCAACUCGGGGUCGAGAUCGAGACCAACACGCGAAUUCACGAGUCAAUCGGCACGAUAGUGUAUCGAGUUGACAUACCGUACGCCGACUUUGUUUUCCGCGGAUUCGUCAAUUCGGAGACCACCGUGGGAGCGGUGUUCGAGAAGAAGUUGUAUCCCAUUCCCGAGGCCGUGUUAGUUAUAAGCGGCCUUUUGAACCACAAGAAGAACCAGUUUCGCGCUGGUAUCGGCAUGAAUAUCGGUUAA